UGUGUGUGUGUGUGUAUGCGUGUUGUACAGGCGAUUGGAGCUGACAUUCUGGUUCACCCGCUGCACUAUAACUGUAGAAAAUCUCUCAAAUACUUGAUCAACCAAACACACACAUGGAAUCGCACAGCGAUGAGCUCCGAAGCUCUUGCACUCGUCAUUGAAGUACUGGAGGGAAAGACUUACCUGGACAUCAGCAACCUCAGCUGUGACACUAAUGGCCAAACAUCAGCCAAUGCUGUGCCAUCCACCACUUUGCCGAGUGCGCCCCCAGCUGGCACCUCUUUGAGCGCGCGUCACAACAUAGGAACAGCACGUGCCAGCGUGGACCCUCCGUAUCGCAACAUGGGUGGCACGCGCCCUUUCUUGGGCAUGGUGGAUCGCAACACGGGUCGGACAGGCCCCACCGUGGGGAUCAGGCGCCCCGACACGGACGCCGCACACAAGGUCCUGAGCGCGAUGGGUCUCCGUUGGGGCACGGCACGCCCUCCCCUCACCCUGAAGGUGGGGCAUCAGACCGGGGCUGCAACUGUCUCGCUCCGCCUGCACCCAGCGACCAUCACCACAGGCCAGCCGCAGGCCUCCCUGGGAGCGGACAGAUGCUGUAUCCCGGAGGAGCAGAGGCCCCUCGAGAAUCUUCUGAUCAGCAUCUUGCUGGAGACCGUUGGAAGCUGCAAGGACAGGCCUGACCCCAGGGUUCUCAUCGCGCUGCGUCUCUCCAACAGGCACAACCUGUCCAGGGAGCGAACGCUGGAGGACUGCCUCCUGAAAUCCUACUCCGAGAAGACGGUGGGAGAUGGAAACUUCACGACCGGAGAUAUGGGCCUGUACACCUUGGCGUUCCGAGCUUCCUGCAUCAAUCCCGCCAAUAUUUCCAACGACAACCUGGGAAUUAACCUGAUCAGGCUCCUGGACACCACGCUAGCCAUCGAAAUGCACGCGCUGGACAAAACCAAGUCUUACUUCACCAAUUCCUACCAAGUCAGCCUGGCCGUCCUGGCCCUCUGCCUGGAGAACAAAGAGAUCUCCAUCAACGUCGCACAUGACUUUGUCAGCUUCAUCAUUAACUUUGAAGCUCCGGAGGCGAAAAACAUGACGACGGGUGCCAAGUGCAGUUACAUCCUGGCACUGAGCUGCCUGCUGAAUACCCAGGGGCACCUGAAGAGCAUCCACGCGCGGAUACAGGUCGCUAUCCAACUGCUGCUGAGUGACGUUCUACAGGGGCUCCGGGCCGAUGGCAGCUUCGGCAGUGUCCACGACACAGGCCUGGUCCUCCAGGUGCUAAAUGCAAAACUAGGCCCCAGAAUACCUCUGACGAAGGAUAUUUACAACUGCUCACAGUCCCUGCAAACGAUGCUGCAAACUAUCAUUGAUCAGACGCCCCCAGACACUUUGUCUGUAGUGGCCACGCUGCCAGCCCUGGAGGGACGCAGUUACCUGGAUAUCAAACAACUCUGUGGCUCAGGCGAGUCUCGCUGCUCGGAGCCCGGCCCACUCAGCCUCAAAAUUCUGAACGGGACCCGGGGCUCUUCGAUGCCUACGGUCAACGCCGACGAUCCAGCAGACAGAGGAGGAGGGACGGGCGCGGGGGAGGCUGGGGUACGAAGGGGAGAGACGUGGGGCAGGCACUCCCAGCAGCGACAAUUGGUGAUUAAAUAAAAAAGUACGCCCCCUGGGGUUGGGGGGGGAGGAGAGAGAGAGGGAGGGGGUGGGGUGGGCGAUGGGAGGUGGGUUGGCCCGCGGUUGAGACGGUGAGGUGUUUUUCCAUCUAAAGCAGCAGCGCACACCCUCAAUCCCAACGCCACCCCUUCCUCCAAGGGACGCCAAGGCGGCCGACAACAACCCCAUUGGUCAGCCUGCUGCCCUCCACCUCUGACCCCAGAAACCAAGAUGGCUGCCACCACAUUCCUGGGCGGAGGCGCUGGACGCCGUUGCUACGGGAGACCAACUUGACGCCAAACCCCGCGCGACUAUCAUUGUACGUUCCGUAAGCUCCAAAUGGAAGAUUAAUUAAAUUGUCCAAAGCA